AUUAAAGCAUUCAUUAACGAUAUUAUGAUCUUCUCCAACUCGUUUGUAGAUUAUCUGAAUUAUCUUGAUACAGCUCUUAGCAUUUUCGAUAAGAAGGGGAUUUCUAUCUCUUCUACAAAGAGUUAUAUCAGCUUUCCUUCUGUUGAACUGCUUGGCUUCUAUAUCGAUAUGCUCAGCCUAUUUACUACAAAGGAGCAUACUGAAGCUUUUCAGAGGAUAACCUUUCCCAGGAAUCUCAAAGAUCUCGAGAUCUAC